AGUUUCGAGGGAGUUGACAGUCCGGUGCAGACUUCAGUCAGUGUGCGCUGCUCUCCGGAACCAGCGCGACGUACAUGCGCGCGCACGCACGCUCGGACGGACGCACGUACGACCACCAGGCAGCCCGCUGAGAUGGAUGUCAUCCCCAUGUGCAGCAUCUUCCAGGAGCUCCAGAUCGUGCACGACACCGGAUACUUUUCCGCCUUACCGUCCCUGGAGGAGUACUGGCAGCAGACAUGCUUGGAGCUGGAGCGCUACCUCCAGGCCGAGCCGUACGUGUCGGCGUCCGAGCUGAAGUUUGAGGGCCAGGAGGACCUGUGGAGCAAACUGAUGCUGGCGUGCGGCGACAAGGCGGCCGACCCCAAGCUGGCCAAGGAGGACGAGGACCCCCCGGAAAGCCGGGACGCCGCCAACUGCUGCUUCCACUCAGACGCCAGCAGCGAGGCGUCGGACAGCUCCGAGGAACUGUCGCCCGCCCUCGACUUCCCUGCCGGCUCGCUGGCGGACCUCCUGGGAGACGGCCCCGCCGUCAUCAUCGGGACGCCGCCCUCUUCGCCCGAGCUGGGCAAGGAGUGCCCGGCGGGGGCGCAGGCGUGGGGCGCCGGACACCCGGUGGGGAAAGGCAGGACGGGCGGCAGCAUCGGGGCGGAGAGGGCGGCGGGGCUCGCCAGCGGGGAAGCGUCCCCCGACGGCAGGAGGCGAGUGCACAGGUGUCUCUUCAACGGAUGCAGGAAGGUGUACACAAAGAGCUCGCACCUCAAGGCGCACCAGCGCACCCACACAGGCGAGAAGCCGUACAGAUGCUCGUGGGAAGGCUGCGAGUGGCGUUUCGCGCGGAGCGACGAGCUGACGCGCCACUUCAGGAAGCACACCGGAGCCAAGCCAUUCAAGUGCAGCCACUGUGACAGGUGUUUUUCUCGGUCUGACCACCUGGCUCUGCACAUGAAGCGGCACAUCUAAGGCGGGCGUCUGCGGCGUGGAAGGCCCUGCGGGAUGAAUCGGGCGGAUGUUUCCUGACCUGUGUGGCAUCAGUGAGGCCGGCGUGGCGUGUCGACAGCGUACCGCGCUGGCAGGCGGCAGUCCGGUCGGCGGAAAAAAGCAGGAAGUAAACGCAGGCUCUCAUUUUGCACCGUACUCAGUGCCUCCGAUACCUUGCUGUGCCGGAGCAGGAACGUUCCGGAAAGUUCCGGAAAGGACGGGAACUCGUGUAUGGUGUUUGACGCUUUUUUUACGGCCCUGCCUGGAGGAUUUUGGGACUUUAGGGGGGGGGGGGGGGGGGGGGGGGGGCAGCGGAGUGUUCGGACUGCGGAUGCCCGCGCUGGUUUGCUGUAGUAGUGCGGCGUGCAUGGUGGACAAAUGCCGUCUUUUUGUCUCCGAGUGAAUGAAAAGAAAGCCUGGAGAGCAGAGGAGGGCUUCUUUGUUUGUUUAUGCACCCUCCAGAGGCCUGGAGGUAGAUUUACAGCUCCCUGCUUAUUUUUAGAAAAUGGGAAAAAAUAGAAGAAAAAAGAAGAGGGGAGGGAUGAGGGGUUUUUUUUGGUGCAGCUAAUAAAUGUGCAAUGUAUGACGUAGCCUGUCUAAAAACAUACAUGCGAGAAAGCUCAUUUUGUUGUUUGUUAAGCAAGAGAGAUGAUAAAAAAACAAUGAACACCAACAGUCGGAGGUGGCGAAAAGAGUGCAAGGGACACGCUGGAAAGAAAAAAAAAAAAAGUAUCUUUAAUCUCCUAAAUUGAAUGUGGCAAUUUUCUGAUUCGCUUUUUCAACAAAAUCCGACUUUUGCCUUGAACAAAAUCUGACUUUAUUGACCCCCAAAAAUCUGACUUUAAUCUUGUAAUAUAUAAUGUUUUUUCUCCCCAAAAAAUGAGCUGUAGUCUUGUGAUAACUGGACUUCUUUCUCAAUAGAGUCCAACCUCAAUCCAAGUCGUAUAUUCUGACUUUAAUGAUUGGGGAGAAAAAAAUGUCAUUCUUGUAAUAUUAGAACGUUAUUCUAAAAUAUCGAUCACAUAAAUCUUGUCAUCUUACAACUUUUUUUUAAAAGAAAUCUAACUUUAAUGUUUUAUUUUUCUGACUUUUCUUGAAAAAACUGACUUUAGUCUUGGAUUAUUUAGACUUUAGCCUUUAUUCUCAUAAUUGUAUGCACUUUUCUUGACUAAAUGACUUUUGUGUUUCUUUUGUUUUGAAAAAAUAGUUUUUCUUAGAAAACAUUGACGAUUGUCUUAUAAUGUUGUGACUUUCUCCAAAAAGUUGACUUCAAGCUUGCAAUAUACCAACUUUUUUCCAGAAAAAAAAUCAUAACUUUAAUUGUGUAUUUCCUGACUUUUCCGUGAAAAAUUACCUACUUUAUACUCAUGAGUUUCCUAACAAAACAUGUUUUUUCUUCAUGAAAAAUAUGACUUAAAUCUCAUAAUAUUAAGUUUGGAGAAAGAAAUUAAUCUUUAAUAUCUGAAUUUUCUGACUUUUUCCAGAAUAAAAAAACUGAAAUCCGUUUUAUGGGAAAUCAAUACUUUAUUCUCUUUUUCUCAACAAACAUGACUUUUUUUUUGUCUUGAAAAAAUGUGACUUUUAAAAAAAGUUACUAUAAUAAUGUAAUAUCAUGACUUUCUCCCAAAAAAUCUUAAUUUAAUCAUGCAGUAUGACAACACUUUUUUCUUCUGAAAAAUAUGACGUUCAUAUUUUUUAAAAAUUCUAGAAAGAAAUGAUCUUUAAUCUUGUUUAACAAUGAAACUUUUAAAUCAGACUUAAAUCUUAAAUUAAAAAAUGUCAAUGAAAAAAAUAAGACUUUGUCCCUGUAAGAUUUUGUCUUUUUAUUUUUUAAAAAAUGUAUAAAUAUUUACAGAUUUAAAAAAAAAAAAAUUCUAAAAAAGUACUACUAAAAUUUUUGGUCCAAAUUCUUGUUUUUUUCUUUCCAGGGUUUCCAUGGGGCCAUUUUUUGAAACAUGUUUUUUGAACCGGAAAUAUUUGUCAUGGUUUUGUCCAUUUGUUUACGUGAAAAUACAUUACGGUAAUGCUCCUCAAAAAAUUCACAUCGCCAACUAGUGUAAUGGGGUGGACAUUGCAACGCGCGUGUUCACUGGUUUUCGCCGGUGCACAUCUGAAAUGCGGAUGUGGAUGUCAUAUAAAAGUGUGUGUUUGCAUGAGCGUAGGGGGGUGUGUUCGCAUUUGUUGUGUUUCAAAGGAUGAAGUUGUUCGAGAGCAGCUACCUUCAUAUUGCUAUUGUAGAAAAACAUAAGACAUAUGCUUUCUUCUUAUUAUUUUUCCUUGGGAAUACCACUAAUAAUAGUGCUUUGAAGGCAAGUUGCCUUCACUUUUUCUUCGGCUUGUAUGUGUAAAAACAAAAACGAGAGAAAAAAGUGCACUGUUGACCUUACUGAUGCCUUAUGUAAGUGGCCUUUGUCCUCCUCAAUAUACAGACGCGCGCGCGCACACACAUACACACACACACACACACACACACAUACACACACACACACACACACACACACACACAUACAUAUGCAGUUAUUGAAAAAGCUUUACAGACGCUCAUUUCCUCUCCACCCCCCACCACAAUAAAACAACUGUAUCCACUCCGGAAAGACGAGACAGAAAUUUUCAUAUAUUUUUUUUUUUCUCAACCUUGGUCGACGGGAAUGUCUCGCACUUGUGCUUUACUACCGUGUAGUAAACCUUCUGCUCAAAGUACGGAGUACUUUCAAAAUGGUAAGGUUAAAAUUACAAAUGAGCAAAUCAAUUGGUCUUUUUCCCUUGUUAAAUUUUGACUUUAAUCUUGUAAUAUUGCAAUUUUUUUCUUCUUGAUUUUUUAAAUUUUAAGAUGUCAUCUCUCUAUAUCAUAUUUUAAAAUGUUUUUCUUGAAAAAAAAAAAAGACUCACCCCCUAAUAUUACAACCUUGUCGUCAAUGAACGCAGUUUUAAUCUUAUAAUGUAUGGCCUUUUUUCUAAGAAAAAUAAAUAAGAAUAAAAAAAUAAAAAAUCCUACUUUAAUCUCAUUUUAUUAGGAUGAAUUUUUCUCCGAAAACACUUUGAUCUUGUAUAUAUCUUUUAAAGAAACAAUGACUUAAAACAGACAAAACACAACAUAAAUCUAGUAAUAUUAAAAACAUAUAUGGAAUAUUUUUUAUGUUGUCAACUACAACUCUUUUUCCUGAAAAAUUACAUCUUAUUUCAUGCAAUAUUUACAGUAACAUUAUUUUCUACAAAAAAAAUACAAAUUUAAUCUCAUAAAAGAACAACUUUUCUGUGCUUUGAAAAGAUCUGACUUUUUUUUCUGCUCACCUUAAAAAAACAUUCUUACUAAUUACAACUAAAUUAAUGCAAUGCUUCCAUUUUUUUCAACAACAAAAAUACAAAUUGAAUCUCAUAAGAUUGCAACUUUUCUCUGCGGUGAAAAGAUAUGACAUUCAUAUAAUUCUUUUCUGCUCAUCUUAAAAAAAAAAAACAUUCCGACUACGUGACAAUCUCUUGAGAACGCUCUUUCUGGACGACUCACUCCUCACGUGCAGAUGCUAGCAAAACCUGUUCGACCGGUUUCUCGUUGCGCGACUGUUUGAAUGAUGAUUGAUGCCGUUUAGCUCCUAUCGCUCACGUAAAUGAAAUACAGACUACAUAAACUUUAAUUUUGUAAUUUUCAGACUUUUCUUGGAAAAAAAAAAAAUUAUUUCAUAACUACAACUUUUUUCGAGAAGACACAACUUCAAUGUGGUAAUAUAUUACGUUUGGUAACACAAUUG